AUGGGAUUGACUUCUAGAUACAAGGUUGAGUUAGCCACUUACCAACUCAAAGGUGUGGCCCAAACUUGGUAUGUCCAAUGGAGGGACAAGUUAUGGGGUGGACUGGUGACUUGGGAGGUUUUGAAGAAGGGUUUUCUUGAUAGAUUCUUUCUUAGGGAUAAGCGGGAAGCCAAGGUGGUGGAGUUCAUAAACCUUCAUCAAGGAGAUGUGAGUGUGAUUGAAUACUCCUUGAAAUUCACUCAAUUGACAAAUUAUGCUCCUUUUUUGGCUUUCGACCCCAGAGAUGAAAUAAACCGCUUUGUGAUGGAAGUGUCGGAUGACUUGCAAGAAAAUAUCAUUCGGGCUCGUGAUGAUAGGGUAUCCAACCCUAAUCUUAAGAAGGGAAAGGAUACUAGUUACCCGAACACGAAGCCUACUUGUGCCCAGUGUGGAAAGGGUUAUUUAGGUGAAUACUUAUUUGGAAUGGGCAUUUGUUUUGGUUGUGGAAAUAGUGGCUACAAGGUUAGGGAUUUCCCUAAUGUGAGGGUUCAAGACAAGGGUAUUGGUUAA